AAAAGAACGGCAAGGUGCCGUUCACAGUUUCAAGUGAUGCAAAUGAACAGUGAAACAAAGCAAACACAAGGCGUAAAUAUGCAAAAUAUGAAGUUCACGAAGACGGAGGCGGAGUAUAACCUGAAAUCGAUCAGGUUUCUACUGCUCACCAUCACAACUAUGUUUAUUAUAGUAGCAGGCCUGAUGGUGGUUCUCGGCUUCUCCGUAUACUCGGAGUACCACGACUUCUCCUUCUUCUACGGCGCGAAGGGCGGUCGGUUCGUCACCCUGUCAGCGCUGUCGGUUUUUAUCGGCAUGGUGCUGCUGGUGGUCACCUCCUUCGGGUUCUUCGGCAGUCUUAAGCAGAGCACGUGCUUGGUCAAUUUGUACGCUUUCUUCCUGAGUCUGAUCCUCAUCGUGAUGCUGGUGGUGGUGAUCCUGGCAUGCACUCUGGACUCCUCAAUCGUGAUGAAGUACUUAUCCAUCCCCAUAUCGGAGUACACCGCUGAUCCUGAGAUCCAGGCUGAGAUUGAUUCACUGCAGUAUUCGCUAAACUGCUGCGGCAGCGACUCCUACCUCGACUACCUGAACACCGAGUUCACCGGCAACCACUCCACCGUCGUCACCACCAAGGAGACAGACGGCGACAUCGUCACCAUGGUCGUCCCUGCCUCUUGCUGCUCAAGUGCCGUUGAUGUUAUAUGUACUAGGCUUAGGACCAAUAGUUGCAAGGAUGCCCUGGUCAACAUGGUUAUUCAGAACUCGACUGUUAUUGGAGUUCUUGGUGUCUCUGUGAUGUUUAUCAAGCUCCUCGGCAUCAUCUUCGCUCUCCUUCUGGCCCGCUGCAUACGCAAGAGUAAGAGCGAGCGCGCACUAAUCCAGUGGAAGAUCCGCGAGCAGAUGAUCCUCGCGCGCCAACACACUGAUGAGUGCAAGGCCGGUCACACGGGCGUCAUGACGGUGUCUUUGGAGCAACCCACUUCUAGCAACGCAUAGUGUU